AACUAGCACUUAAACCUUUGUGAAUCGGAAGUACUGUGUUACUCAGCCCAUCACAUGAUUCAUAACACGUCUGUUUCAUACUAUAUGGAGUUUUAAGGCUCAACAGGUUGAAGAGGCAUGUCCAAACGAAGCCUAUCUUAUGGACAAUAAUGGAGUACGGACAUUUUCGAAUAAUAUUGUUAUCCGGAUUGAUUUAUUUCAUCCAAAGUACUAAUGGGUUUCUUCCGACAAAAUGCACCGGAAGUGAUGUAAUCAUCUGCUACAAUCAAACCUAUAUAGACCCCAAGAGUUUUCCUUCCUCCAUGGUAGAACUUCAAGUUUCAUCAUCGGAUAUUGGGAAUUUGCGGAAAAGACUACUACAAGACCUUGUCAAAAAUUCUCCUGACUUGAAAACCUUUAAAAUUACAACGUCAUCUAUUAGAUAUAUUCACACCUGUUCAUUGUCGUCUGUUUCUAACAUGAGUCAAAUAUUGAUACAGGAUUCCCGCGUUGACACAAUUGUUCACAAUGCGUUUUCUGACUUGAAAUAUAUUCAGAAUAUUGAAUUCAUCAAUGUUGAUAUCAAAGAAAUUUCAAAGUUAGCUUUUCAUGGAGUCCAGGGAGUCGGACGGUUUAUAAUGGAUGGAAUGAGGGUGGGGACUAUGAGGUAUGCUUCCUUUGCUGAGCUUAAAGAUGUUAAAGAACUACUAUUGACAAACUCUUACAUUCAGUUGAUGGAACAACAGCCCAUUGUGAAUCAGAAGUCGAUUUCAUCCCUCGUGAUCCGUGGGAAUACAAUAAAUUCAACACUCUGUGGUUUUGAUUCACUUCUUCAGACAUUCACUAAUAAUAAUAUUACGUGCAAUACUGACACAGAUAUUAGACUGAUGUCUGCAGGAAACAACAAGUGCUUUCGGAACUUAAAGAACAGUUGCCCGCCAGUGAAAGAUCCCAAUGUCGUGAAACACAGCUACGGCUGCCGAGGCAAUACACUAGAUGAAGGUAUCCCACCUGUGUCAGAAGAUGAAAUCUUUGACAGAAAAAAAACGACAACCCCUAGCAAUUCCGGAUCUAGUACUUUCAGAGUAUCUAUGGUUGGAUUUUAUAUCUUCUGGUCAUAUCUUACCUGAAUAGACUUCAACCUUUGUUCAAAAUCCAGAAAUGGAAGAAUCCAUCAAAUGCCGCUGAUUUUUUUUCCAUCAGAAGAAACUAUCAUUGGAGAUAAAGCUACAGCUUUUCAUAUCAGAGACACGUAUUAUUACGUCAUCGCUAGCUUAAUACAUUGAUAAAGUGUACGAAUAAAAGUUCCCAGAUUAGUCAAUCAAAGUAUAUGUAUAUUUCCGACUAAUUCAGAACACGAUAGAAAGGAUAUUUCGUCAGACGAUUAAGGAGGAAUGCUACACCAGGAGACAUUUGAUAUAAAUGAAAAGUGGCAGAUAUGUACAACGAUAUCUUGAAAUAAAAAACUUUUAAAACUU